AUGGCUGGAUUAUUCGAGCCAACACUCAUUUUCCUUGGUGUAACUGAUGGUGAAAUCAUCAUCCAUGAAACUGGUUUGCCUGUUUUGGACUAUACCCAGUAUUAUAUGGAUUUACAAUUGGCAAAUACUUUGGGAGAACCAAACUGGUUGCCUGAAUACAAUUUAACACAUUACUAUGCUUUAAGUGAUAUAUCAGCGAUUUCGUUGCACAAUUUUGUGGAUCGUUUUACUAGCAACGAUGGAUCCUGGUUUGCCAAAUAUUAUCGGGCCAAUACUGUGCGCCAUCAGAACGAAAAUUGUGAAGGAGUUUGCAUGUUGAAUCAUUAUUGUGCAAUAACAAGAGUGGAUUAUAAAGAAUUUCGACAAUGUCUUGAGAAAGAACAAAGUGCAUUACGAUCCGGUGGCAACAAGAGCCAUACUGUAAAUGGAAAAAUUCUUAUAAUAUUGUCAAUGAUGCUAACAAUUACCAUGACCUAUAUAAAUAGUAUAUGCGAUUUUUUGUGCAUUUUCCAAAGGCUGAUAACUAGAUGUCAACAAUUAAAUGUAAUUAAAAAAUUCCAAUUAUAUGUACGUUUCAGGGAAAUGCGAAUAAAAAUAAUGGGCAAUUUUGUGGCGUCCAACAAUAACAAUGGAGCAAACUAUAAGAAAGAAACAAAAGGCUUUGAUCAAGUUCUGCUCUAUAAUGUAGAGUCUAUUGAGAGCAAAAGGUAUCAGGCAUUAAGGCAACAAAACCAUAAUUGUCACCAUUGUUUGCAACAGAAACCCAUGAGUAUUACUGUGAAUUCUGCAAAUAUGACUGAAAUAAAAAUCAAAGACGUUGCUACGCAGCUUAUUGUGGUGCAACCGGAUCAAAGAGAAUGCCAGCAAAUAGUUUUAAGUCAUACAAAGAAAUUGUACACCGUUAAGCGUAAUACACACAAGAACAAUUUACGCUUGGAAUAUUUAAAAUUAAUUAGUUUAUUAAUACUUUAUAGCAGACAGAUAGUAACAUUAAGCGUAUAUAUCUUAAGGGUAGCACUAAAUUCAAUAGCAUUAAGGAGAUAUUUUCAAAAAAAUUAUUCGCAUUUAACCUUUGAGAGCUGUAGUAAACUGGUGAUGAGUACAAGGUUUUGUCCUCGUAUAUCAGUUGUAACAAAUAAUAUGCUUAUCUAAUCAUCAAUUUGAGAUAAUAAGCUUUAUUCUAAAAGGUCAUGCUGUGAGAAUAUUUGUAUGUCGCUUCCGGCUUUAAUUAUGUAUAAUUUAUUUGCUAAUUAGUAUAAUAACAAAAAUAAAAGAAAAAAACAAAAAAACAAACUUAUAUUGAUUUGCUGUUAUAUUGUAUACUAAUCGUAGUGGUUAAAUAUUAAGUUAAAUUUAUGAAUUUAUUAAUUUAAUUAAGUAAUUGAACUAUUUAAAGUGUUUUAUAAAGAGAUGAUUUAAUUAUAAUAAAAACAUUAUGGCAUUAAGUUUAAGUUUAAUAAAAUAUAUAUUUUUUUAAUUUUCCUCUCGUAACAACUUAUAAUUAAUGAGUAAAUAAAUAAAUUUUAUAUAUAAUAAAUUCUAUAAAUUAGACCAAAAAAAAAAAAAACAUGUUAACCCAUAGACUCGGGAACCGACUAGGCUACAGACUAUUCGAUAAGUUAGACAACAGGCAAAAAAAUAAACUAUUUAAUAGAAAAUGGACUAGUCGAUGGUCUUUAAAUUAAUUCGUUAAUUUUAUUGAAACAGUAGCAUAAAACAGAUAAGUCAGUCAAGUUUUCAUCCUUUUCAUGUGUAUACGUAUGAUUAAUAUCGAAUUCAAUGAUCACAAUCAUACGCCCCAAAAGUUGCAUUGAUAUCCCAAGAAAAACAACUAGGAAAUUAGAGUCGGUCGUUGACGAUCAUAUAGUACCCUACAACAAUUCAUAGAAUAAAAAAAAAUGUAGAUCGAUCCUUCGAAAAGGGGUUUUAAGAGCUAGGAUCAUCAAGGCAAGUAUAUAGGAGAAAUAAUGGACUGAUUUUAACCUGAAUUUUAUCGCGACAUUAUUCUAAGCAAAUUGAUUUAAGAUACGAUCACAGGUGAAAAAAGGGCCGUUCUUAAACAUUUUCAACAGGUUUCGUAUCUGUUACAAUUAUCAUUCUAAUUGCGACCUAGAGUUUUAUUACAAGGUUUACAUUGAUGAUUUUUAGUUUCUUGUUAUUGUGAGUAAAUUCCUUAUCAAGCUCGAUUUUAAGUACUACCUUAAAAAUUCAAUUAUUAUCUGUAUGAAACAAAUUAAAUAGUUCUUUGUAUAAAUACAAAAAAAAACUUGUUAAUAAUUUGUUAUUGUUUUUACUUAAAUCUUAUACCAAAAACCUUUAUUUGUAGUUAUAAUAACUAAAACAAAAAUAAAAGACACCACAUGAAUACAACCAAUUAGUGUAAUAAAUAUAAUUUAAUAUAUAAUUCUAAAACAAAAACUUCUUAAAUACGAGAUAAGGCUGAUAUAUAAUGUCAAAUGUUUUAAAUAAAUAAUUCCAUGUUUUGAACACCGAACUUAAAAAAAAACAAAAUUUAAAGGUUAAAACCCCCAGAAAAAUAAUAAACAACUCGUAUUAAUAAACCUAAAAUUACAUAGAUAAUUCUUGUAAACUAAAUACUAAACAAUUACCAACAGCAAAACGAAGAAGAACAAAUAAUUAUUUUAAAAUUUAUACAUGUAAACAA